GGCAGGUGUCGUAUCAUAACUCAACAAGCGAAUCAAGUGUGCUUUCGAAGUUCGUAAACUAGUUGCGUAGAAAAAGUCAGCCAUGUCUGCUCAGAAACUUGUGAUCUGCUUGGUAAUAGCAGUUAUCGCUGUGAUAACCAGCGAAGUUAAUUCGACGCCGGCUUUGAAUCCUUACGCCAGCAAUAGUUCGAACAAGUCUCAUAACUUGAUCGUCGGAUACAGGAUGCCCGGCGACAGGCUUGUCCUCCGGCAAAAUAUCAUCAAGAAAUCGGCUUGGAUGCAGAUUGUGACCGAACAGAAAACCUUCAACGUUUCGAAGUGGGAACGAAUUACUCUGGUCAAUGCUUUGGAUCAGAAAACCAACGGCAACGGCGCGUACGCUAGCCUGUUACAGGGUGGUCCAGGAUACAAUAACGUCACGCUCAGAUUCAAGAGCCAGAGGGGCCACGGAAUCAACUUCAUCGUCGAAUUGUACUCACGCACUUAAAGCAUCGUGAUUGGUGUCACAUCUGAUCAUCAGCAAUUUUCUGUUUACAAUUUGUUGAACGUAUUUAACGAAAUCAAUAUUAUUUAUUUCUCUGUGUAAUAUGCGGAACAUGUUUGUUCAUUCGCGAACGAUUUCCUCUUUGAAAUUUGUUGACAGUACCUAACGAGGACGUUAUUGUUUAUUUCUCUCUGCGAUAUGUGUAACAUUGGUUAAUACAUUUUUGUGAAUUAUAA